AUGGGCAGAAAUCCAAGAAAAGUUAAACUUGUAAAUGGUGUAAAGGUUAUUUGUUCUGAAGAGUUUUGCUUGGUAAAGGAAGUGAUGGAACUCGUGUUUACCUUGGACUCGGAAAAGAUGCAAACGAGAAAAGAUAUUUUGAAUGAGUUGAAUGCAAAGCGUUCAAAUUAUGUUGUGAAUUAUUGGUUUCUUGAAGAAGAACCAGGCACAGAUAAUUUGUAUUUGAUAUUAGAUUUGUGUGAAGAAUCGUUAGAGAGUUAUGUGAAAUCUUCGUCUUUGCAAGAUCUUCAAAAGGUCGUUCCUAAAGUUCUUAUUCAGAUCUUAAAUGGUCUAGUUCACCUUCACAGCGGUGAGCGUCCUAUUCUUCAUCGGGAUUUAAGACCCUCGAACGUUCUUCGAGAUGUGGAUGGAAAUUUUUUAAUCGCUGACUUUGGCAUAAGUCAUAUGUUAUCUGACGAAUCUUCGACACAUUGGAGCAUACAAAGAGGAGCUAAAUAUUGGAUAGCUCCAGAGUCAUAUGACGCAUCAGAUGAUACAAUUAAUAAAGUUCGUUACAAAAAGGAGUCUGACAUUAUGAAUGCCGGAAUGGUGGCUUAUUAUGUUGCAACAAAGGGAAAACAUCCUUUGGAAUUGAACGGCAUAGACUGGACAACAUUUUGAAAGGAAACCCAGUUGGCUUGGACGAAAUCAAGGAUUCCACGCUCAAAGACCUUUUAUCGUGGAUGCUACAGCUAAAACCGGAAGACAGACCAUUGGCCAACGAAGCGUUAAAACACCCUUAUCUACAAACCGAUAAGGAGAAUUUCGCUUUUCUGUGUGAUGUUGGGAAUGAACC